AUGCAGGUGAGCCAGGAGGAGAUGGCGGAGGCGAAGGUCCCGCUGGUUCUGCGAGACUACUGUGCCCACCUGUUCAUCCCUCUGGCCAAGUGUCGCAAGGAGAACUACUACAUCCCCUGGAAAUGCCAGGCAGAGAAACACCACUGGGACCAGUGCCAGUUCGAAGACUAUCUGGACAGAGUGAGACAGAAACGGAGACAGCAGACGGGAGAAGACUAG